GAGUGCCUGGUGAUGCGGGACCCCCUGACCAAGAGAUCCAGGGGCUUCGGCUUCGUCACUUUCAUGGACCAGGCGGGGGUGGAUAAAGUGCUGGCGCAAUCGCGCCACGAGCUCGACUCCAAAACAAUCGACCCCAAGGUGGCCUUUCCUCGGCGAGCACAGCCUAAAAUGGUGACUCGAACGAAGAAGAUCUUUGUGGGGGGGCUGUCUGUGAACACCACGGUGGAGGACGUGAAGCAGUAUUUUGAGCAGUUUGGGAAGGUAGACGAUGCCAUGCUGAUGUUUGACAAAACCACCAACCGGCACCGAGGGUUCGGCUUCGUCACCUUCGAGAGCGAGGACAUCGUGGAGAAAGUGUGUGAAAUCCACUUCCAUGAAAUCAACAACAAGAUGGUGGAAUGUAAGAAAGCUCAGCCAAAAGAGGUGAUGUCGCCGACGGGCUCUGCUCGGGGGCGGUCUCGAGUCAUGCCCUACGGGAUGGACGCCUUCAUGCUGGGCAUUGGCAUGCUGGGUUACCCAGGAUUCCAAGCCACAACCUACGCCAGUCGGAGUUACACAGGCCUCGCUCCUGGCUACACCUACCAGUUCCCUGAGUUCCGUGUAGAGCGGACCCCUCUCCCGAGCGCCCCAGUCCUCCCCGAGCUUACAGCCAUUCCUCUCACUGCUUAUGGACCAAUGGCGGCGGCGGCGGCAGCAGCGGCUGUGGUUAGAGGAACAGGCUCUCACCCCUGGACGAUGGCUCCCCCUCCAGGUUCAACUCCCAGCCGCACCGGGGGCUUCCUGGGGACCACCAGCCCUGGCCCCAUGGCUGAGCUCUACGGGGCGGCCAACCAGGACUCGGGGGUCAGCAGUUACAUCAGUGCCGCCAGCCCCGCCCCCAGCACCGGCUUCGGCCACAGUCUUGGGGGCCCCUUGAUCGCCACAGCUUUCACCAAUGGGUACCACUGAAGCAGGGGACAGGUGGCAGGAGCACCCCAGCCUGCAGCUGACUGAGGACCACAGUGAGCCAGCCGAGGGGGCGGGGGACACCUCAGCCGCAGCCGCCACCCCCUCCCCCGCAGCGACUCGGACCCCCCACCCCCCCUACUGCCUGCCCGCUCUCCUUGGGCUUGGCCCCUGCCCUGCUGCCCACCGCACACACCCACCCCAACAUCCUCGAUCCUCCUUACUAACCUCCCUCUCUUCGACCCAUCCGCCCCCUGCCUACUUUUAUUUAUUUUGGAUUAGCUGGUUGUCCCGUUCCCCCACCCAUUCUCCCCUCUCUCUCUCUCUGCUGUGCCCCCAUAGGACCACCCCCCCAGAAAGCUUUUGUAUCUGUGCAUAGCUAGA